AAAUUAAAACUCUAUAGACUUCUAGUUUUAUUUUCAUUUAACCCCCUCUGAAUAUAUAGAUUUUGAGUUUCUUCAUUAAAGAAAAGAAAAGAAAAGAGAUUUGGAUUCCAGACCAUAUGCUGCAUCAUGCUUUAAUAUCAUGAUUUUUUCUAUUCUUCUUCAUGAUAUUUGUGAAAAUUGUAUAGCACAUUCUUGGGCGUGGAAAAAGUAGCAAAAAUUAGAGAAAUUAUUUUAUAAGCUGGUCGAUUAAACCCCCAAAAAGAAAAAAAAGGGAAAAGUUGAGCAAAUAAAAAAUGGGUCCUAAAUAUGAAGAAAAUGGGAAUGAAGAUAGAGAGAAGCCUCUCAUAGUGAAACAUGAUGCUGAUGAAACAGGUCAUAGAGAGGAGUUGGUUAUGGUUUAUUUGAGCACUGCUGUGGCUGUUUGUGGCUCUUAUGCAUUUGGAACAUGUGUUGGAUAUUCAUCGCCAACACAGUUUUCUAUAAUGGAUGAACUUAACCUCUCGUAUUCUCAGGCCAUGAGGCUAUCAUCUGUAAUAUGCUCUGCUGGAUGGUUAGCAAUCUACCUUGCUAAGGAACCGAUGGUGCUAUAUUUGGGGAGAUUUUUGUCAGGUUAUAGCAUUGGCAUUAUUUCUUACGUGGUUCCUAUGUUUGUUGGAGAGAUAUCGCCAAAUAAAUUGCGAGGGGCACUAUCCUCUACUAAUCAGCUCUCAAUUGUAAUUGGUUUAUCCGCCGUCUACGUGAUUGGUGCCUUCGUCGGGUGGAGGAUUCUAGCUUUACUAGGAGUUGUACCAUGUGGCUUGCUGUUUUUGGGUCUCUUCUUCAUCCCUGAGUCUCCAAGAUGGCUGGUAAUAUUUUUUCUGUGCCGGUUUACAUUUAAAACGUUCUACAUUGUUAUUUCUUUUUAUAGGAGAAAGAAUUGAAGCGUUUUCCUACUACUACUACUAUUAUUAG